GUGACCAGAGCACGCUCCUUCCCCUCUCUCCAGAGCUCUGCCAGGAGCAUAUGGGACACUGCUGGGCAGAAAAUAAUUUCAGCAUCUCAACGUUGUGGGGACAGGAGAAAUCUUGGAUAAACGAGUGCAUUGCAAGUUAGAUACCUGUCAAAUUAAGGAGGAAAUACUGUUUGAUGCUACAAAUAUGUGAAUUUUACAGCGUUAGAGCAUUGUAUGUUAGAAAAUGAGCCCUGCAAACACAACCAAUUCUUUUUGCUUUUCUGCAGGCCUGCUUGCUUAUGAGCUGUGAGUCAUCAGAGACUUCUACAGAUGCAAAACCAUAACACUGCACCAGGCAGGCGUCCCUGACUCAUGUUUUCCUUGAAGUCCAGUUAAGAAUGCAACCAACAAUAAAGGGCAGCUGAAGAAGCAAUCUGCUGCUUGGUGAAAAUGCCUCUUAUUUUCUGACAACGAUUAAAGGACAAUGGGGUCAAACACACUUGGGAAGGCUGCAACGUUAGAUGAGCUUUUGAACACUUGUAUUGAAAUGUUUGAUGACAAAGGAAAUCGGUGCUCCAGCCAUUUGCCAAGAACUUUUCUCUUAAUGCACAGGUGGUAUCUGCCUUCCACAGAACUGGCUGGCAAGCUUCUGUCCACAUAUAGAGAUGCCAGUGGGGAGAACUGCAAUGAAUUCAGAUUAAAAAUCUGCUAUUUCAUGAGAUACUGGAUUUUGGAAUUUCCUGCAGAAUUUAACUUGGAUCUUGGGCUUAUUCAGUUGACUGAAGAGUUUCGAGAAGUGGCCAGCCAGCUCGGAUAUGAGGAUCACAUCCAUCUCAUUGAUAUCUCCAGCAUUCCUUCCUAUGACUGGAUGAGAAGAGUUACACAGAGAAAAAGGAUUUCCAAGAAAGGAAAAGCCUGCUUGCUGUUUGACCAUCUGGAGCCCAUUGAGCUAGCUGAACAUCUCACUUUUCUGGAGCAUAAAUCUUUUAGAAGAAUUUCUUUUACAGACUACCAAAGCUAUGUGAUCCACGGCUGCUUAGAGAACAAUCCCACUUUGGAGAGAUCUAUUGCUUUAUUUAACGGUAUCUCCAAAUGGGUCCAGCUCAUGGUUCUCAGUAAACCAACACCCCAGCAAAGGGCAGAAGUAAUCACAAAGUUUAUCAAUGUUGCACAGAAGCUCCUUCAUCUCCAGAACUUCAACACACUGAUGGCAGUUGUGGGAGGUCUAAGCCACAGCUCUAUUUCUCGCCUGAAAGAAACUCAUUCUCAUCUGUCUUCAGAAGUCACAAAGGACUGGAAUGAAAUGACGGAGCUGGUCUCUUCCAAUGGAAACUACUGCAACUACCGCAAGGCUUUCGCUGACUGCGUUGGCUUCAAAAUUCCCAUAUUAGGAGUUCAUUUGAAAGACUUGAUUGCGGUCCAUGUCAUCUUUCCUGACUGGAUAGAUGACAACAAAGUAAACAUAGUGAAAAUGCAGCAGCUUUCCAUCACCUUGAGUGAACUGGUUUCCCUGCAAACUGCCUCUCAUCAUUUAGAGCCUAAUAUGGAUUUAAUUAACCUGCUAACACUGUCCCUGGACCUCUAUCAUACUGAAGAUGACAUUUACAAGCUCUCGCUGGUGCUGGAACCAAGGACCUGCAAAUCACAGCCUACCUCCCCGACGACUCCAAACAAGCCAGUGGUGCCACUGGAGUGGGCAUCUGGAGUGGUACCAAAACCCGACCCUACGGUCAUUAACAAGCAUAUAAGGAAGUUGGUGGACUCUGUCUUUAGGAACUAUGAUCAUGAUCAUGAUGGCUAUAUAUCUCAGGAAGACUUCGAAAGUAUAGCUGCCAACUUCCCUUUUUUGGACUCCUUCUGUGUGCUGGACAAAGACCAAGAUGGUCUUAUAAGCAAAGAAGAAAUGAUGGCUUACUUUCUGAGGGCUAAAUCACAGUUCCAGUGCAAGAUGGGACCAGGGUUUAUUCAUAACUUUCAGGAGAUGACCUAUCUUAAACCAACUUUCUGUGAGCACUGUGCAGGAUUUCUCUGGGGUAUAAUCAAGCAAGGCUACAAAUGCAAAGAUUGCGGUGCCAACUGCCAUAAGCAAUGCAGAGACCUGCUUGUGCUCGCCUGCAGAAGAUUUUCCAGGGGAACCUCAGUGGGCAGUAACCAUGGCUCUCUGCCUAGCAGCCCAUCUCUGCCUCCAGUCCAGGAUGAAGUAUUUGAAUUUCCCAGUGUUGCCUCAGGACACCAGGACCUCGAUGGCAGAGCUAUCACUCUCGUGACUGGCUCUUCACGGAAGAUUUCAGUGCGGCUACAGAGGGCAACCACUAGCCAAGCGACACAGACGGAACCGCUGUGGCAUGAGCCAGGCUGGAGUGAUUCAGGUUCCCAUACUUUCCCCAAAAUGAAGUCCAAGUUCCAUGGCAAAGCUGGGAAGAACAAAGGCUUUGCAAAAUGGGAGAACGAAAAACCCAGCAUACAGGCUGAUAUAGACGUAGAAACUGAGGCCUCACAACACAUACUGGACCACAAUGGAAUAGAAACACUCCCAGAAAGACAAGAAUCUGAGGAUAGCUGAUUAUGCACCAUGAAACAGAGAAAAACAGAGAUGACAACUGCAAUAUAGCAAGAGUUGAUGGACUGUUAUAGACCACAUUUGGUUAUGGGAUGUUUUCCUGUACCUCAUACUUAUAAAUUCAACCAUUGCCCUAUUUUCUUAGCUGAUAAGCAUUGAAAUGCACUAUUUAUUUUCUCACAUGAAUAAGCCAUCUGGCUAAAUGUUGCAUGGACAGAGCAGAACAGAUCUCUGCGCUCAGUGUUUUCUCUUGUAUGACUUUUGUGGAAACUUCCUCUACGCGCCAAUGAGGAUAUAUUUGGCCUCCUCUAAAUAUACUGCAUCAUUUCAGUAUGUCUGCCAGUGACAACAAUGGUGAGGACAGAAGCCAAGUGUCUAAGUUAAUUUGACAACAUUCCUUUUUCAGAGGCUUGUGAUGAUCUUUUAAGGAAAGAAGUAGGUGUGUUACAUUGAUUAAAUCUCAAACAAGAUCCUUUCAAAAAGUCCUCUAUACUGAAAUUCUUUGCACACCUGCGUUUUUUGAACUUUGGGCAGGUUUACAUUGCUAAGUAAGCAUAUUGAUGUUCAGCACAUUGAUACCAAUUCACUGACUGGGACUCCUUCAACCUCACAGCACGCGUCUGAGACUGAAGGAACGCCAAGCCACUAUGCAUACGUCUGGUUAUACAGCAACAGAGAGCAGUCCUCUCUGCCAGCACUGAUAUGGUAAAAUUAGCAUGUAAUAAACAUCUUAGUUUUGA